AUGCCAGCCCCUGAGGAACUCGGCGUUGAGCUUUCUAUAGCGUCCACCCUGGGAUAUGACGAUACUGAAAGAGCUUUAGAAGAAAACUCGCCAGCUAAGAGUAACUCGUUAAGGACGACUGUUACAGCUCAAGACUGGAUUGGGCCUAACGAUCCAGAGAACCCUCAGAAUUGGUCAACGCCGAAGAAGAUAUACCAUGUACUAGUCCCUACCAUUUUCGCAUUUGUGGUUUCUCUAGGAACAUCAAUCAUUUCGCCAGCGAUUGACUCAAUGGCCGAUGCACUGCACGCCAGCAGCGAAGUAGCCCUACUCAGCUUCUCAUCCUAUGUCCUAGGACUCGCCUUUGGUCCGCUUCUGGGUUCUCCUAUGAGUGAAGCCUUUGGUAGGCGAGCCGUGUAUCUACUAUCAAUUCCGAUCUCACUACUAUUUACCCUCGGCGUCGGAUUCGCCCAAAACAUAGAAACAGUCAUCAUCACAAGGUUCUUUGCCGGUGCUUUUGGAGGACCUGUUUUGGCAAUUGGUGCCGGGACAAAUGCAGACUUAUUCAUUCAAGAGCAGAGGUCAACCAUGACAGCUGUUUUUUCUCUGGCACCGUUCUGCGCUACAGGUAUCGGUCCAGUCAUCGGCGCAUAUGUGAAUGCCUACAAAGACUGGAGAUGGGUAGAAUGGACACUCAUUUUCUUUCUUGUCGCAUCUUAUUUCUUCGCCCUUUUCGAGGAGGAAACGUACAAGAAGACCAUUUUACAACGACGAGCAAAGAAGCUUAAUAUCGCUCCUCCGCCCACGGUCUCCGGUAUCGCGAGCCUUCGACAUACCGUUACCGUCGUUCUCCUGAAACCUAUCCAUAUGCUUUUUACUGAACCGAUCGUGACAUCCUUCAGUGUCUAUAUCUCAUUCAAUUUUUCCGUCCUCUUUUCUUUCCUUGCUGCUGUUCCACUUGUUUUCCGAAAUGUUUACGGAUUCACUCCUGAGCACCAAAACUUGACCUUCAUUGGUAUCUUUUUCGGAUGCGUCCUUGCUCUUCCUACACAGCUGGCGUUAGAUCAAGGUUUGUAUCAGAAACGUCAGCGUAAGUCAUUUACCGAAGGUUCAGGGGCGAUUGCGAUAGCACCAGAGCACCGCCUUUAUGGCGCAAUGCUUGGUAGUAUUGGUCUUCCAGUUGGCAUUUUCUGGUUUGCAUGGUCAUCAAGGAGCGAUAUACAUUGGAUCGUUCCUAUUAUUGCCUUGGUACCUUUUGCAUGGGGUAAUCUGUUAGUCUUUAUCUCGGCUGUGCUGUAUACAGUCGAUGUGUACCAAGCAGUUAAUGGUGCGUCUGCGGUUGCUGCGAACGGACUGCUACGGUACAUUAUGGCUGCAGCUUUCCCGCUGUUUACGAUUCAGAUGUAUGAAGGUCUUGGUCAUGAGUGGGCGAGCAGUCUGCUCGGAUUUGCGACUUUGGCGUUGCUGCCAGUGCCGUGGGCUUUAUACCGUUGGGGUCCAAUGAUCAGGCGCCGGAGCAGCUAUGAUACUAUUAAGGCAUGA